CGUCGGAGGGAAAGUUUGUAACCACGCUCAAGGCGAGCUCGUGGUGCCAAGUUGCCAAGUCUUCGCGCCAAACCCUAGGGCCCGUUGGCUUCUACAUUCAAACCGAGUUUCAAUUGCCGAAUUGAGGAUGCAACAAAUCAUGUGAUGCGUGAAUUCGACAAUAUGCACAUCAAAUGUGCUCCAAACGUUACGGCGCUGUCCUCGUUUCUCGCCUUGGCGUCACAACCAUGGCUGCCACGCGGUAUCGUUCCGCCAUUUCUCGCGGCGCAUUCUCUUUCCCUGCUGCCGGCUUCCGCGCUUCUACUCUUCAUCUACAGCUAGCGCAGAUCCCGGUGCAGGCAACGUCGCACAGUCACCGCUUCUGCCUCGUCUGCGAUCAUGGUUCGCAGCGCCCGACCUCACUCCGCCGCCUUUCGCGGGUCCUAUUGGCGGAUCCGACGCGGGGAGCGGAGCGGACGGGGAGGCGCGGGGGGACGCGCAAGGGCGGGGGAUGCGCGGAUCUGGACCUCCUGGACAAGUACCUGCACCCAUCGCUGAUGUCAGCAGAGGAGCGGCGGGUUGAGGAGAUGCGGGGAGUGAAGGAACGGUUCAGAUUGCACGAGGGGGAUACGGGGUCUAGUGAAGUGCAGAUUGCUCUGCUCACAUCUCGGCAUUGCCUACAUGGCCCAGCACCUCCAAACACACAAGAAGGACCUGCACUCGCGGCGCGGGCUGGAUGGCAUGCUGGCGCGGCGGCGCAAGCUGCUCAAGUAUUUGAGGAGGAAGAACUGGGACUCGUACUGCCACGUCAUUGCGGAGCUGGGGCUGCGCGACAGAGUGGAUCUGCAAUCCUAGGUGCAUAGGGCUGGACUGGAACACUCCCUGUUGCCGAAGCAAAAGUUCUGAGGCUCGCGUGGCCCUGUCAUUGCCGAGAUGGAGCUCCUGCGCCUUAGGGUGAAUCUGCUGUCAUUUUGUUGUCAUCAUGCCAUGCAAGUUUGCCUCGAGGAUGGUACCCCAUUCGAGGAAGAAUCAGGGAGAGUGGAUAUGCAAUUGCCGAUGGUUUGUGGUGGCGUAAGGUAAGGCUUAAUUGGCUGCAAACACAGGCCUUGCAGAAUGUAAUGCCCCAAAAAAUACCGAGGACUAGA